ACGAAGCUUGGAAUUGGAAUGAUUACAAAGACGGCGAGCGGUGUGAUGAUGAAGCCUGCGGGUGGAUUGUUAAUAAAACUGGGAAUUGGAUCAAUAACAAAACCUGGAGACGGAGCGUUGACAAAACCAGGAAGUGGAUUGAUUACGAAAGCGGCAAGUGGAGUGCUGACACGGCCUGCAGGUGGGGUGCUGACAAAGUCCCGAGGUGGAGCCAUAGCAAAGCCUGGGGACGGAGCGCUCACAAAACCCGGAGGUGGAGCGCUGGUCAAAGCGGCAGGUGGAGCGGGAGCCAGAACCGCUGCCCCGGUGUCGCUGUCUCGCAAGCAGGAGAAGGAAGCUGCCAACGCACGAUUGGCCGAGGCGGUCACGCGGGCCGAGGGAGCAGCAGCCAAUAAGAGGACGGCAGUGAGCGUCCAAUCGGCAGCAGGGCGGACGUGGAGCGGCGGCGCUCCCCUCAGGACCGUGGUGCCCGCGCCCCGCCCGCCCGCGGGAUUGCCGACGGGAGGAGGCCCCAGAGCGCCGAGGAGGAACUGUAAAGCGGAAGCCGUCGCUGCGGCCAGGGUCCAGGGCGCGGUGCACGCGGGGAAGCUCCUCCAGGCGAACGGCGACGCGGGGGGGGACGCGGCGGACACGGGGGACGGGGCAACGAGGGCGGCGGAGGAGGAGGAAGAGGAGGAGACGGCUCGGGACGCAAGCGCGGAAGGGAAGGCCGAGCGCGACUGGAGCGGGCAAUCGAAGGCCGAGCGUGAUGAGAGUGGCACGAAGGCCGAGUGUGAUGAGAGCCACAUGAAGGCCGAGCGUGAUGAGAGCGAGGAAUCGAAGGCCGAGCGUGAUGAGAGCCACAUGAAGGCCGAGCGUAGUGAGAGCGAGGAAUCGAAGGCCGAGUGCAAUGAGAGUCACAUGAAGACCGAGCGUGAUGAGAGCGAGGAAUCGAAGGCCGAGUGUGAUGAGAGCCACAUGAAGACCGAGCGUGACGAGAGCGAGGAAUCGAAGGCCGAGUGCAAUGAGAGUCACAUGAAGACCGAACACGAUGAGAACGGCAUGAAGGCCGAGGGCGACACGAAGGCCGAGCGCGACGAGAGCGAGGAAUCGAAGACCGAGCGUGAUGAGAGUGGCACGAAGGCCGAGCAUGAUGAGAGCCACGUGAAGACCAAGCGUGAUGAGAGUGGCACGAAGGCUGAUCAUGACGAGAGCGGAGAAAGGAAGGCCGAGUGCAAUGAGAGUCACAUGAAGACCGAGCGUGACGAGGGCGACACGAAGGCCGAGGGCGACACGAAGGCCGAGCGUGAUGAGAGCAGUGAAAUGAAGGUCGAGAGCGACGUGCGCGAGCAAAUAAUCACGCUGUCUGAAGAGCUCGGGGCACCGCAGGCCGGGUUCGAGUUGAGUGAAGAAACUGAAUCCACGUACAAGACCGGCGAGAAGACUGCGUGCGGCUCGCGUGAAGAAGAGACGGACGACGUUGAUGCGAGUGGCGGGAGGACGGAGGCCGCCACGUGCGACCUCGGCGGCGGAGCGAAGACUCCGUGCGCAGGCCUCGGACAAGCUGGGGCCACGCGCCGAGCGAGCGAGCAAACGACGGCCGGAUUUGACGCAGGCCAGGAAAUGAAGACCCCGGGUGCCGCCGACGACGAUGCGAGCGAUGGGGUCCCCCCGGCCACGGACGCCGCCGGCGCAGAAGCAAUUUGUGACGUGAGCGUCUUCCCCGGAGCGAUUCCUCAACUGAAUGGGGUCGUAGAAGCGCUCCCCGACGCAAGAGGGGCGGAGGACGGGUCGCCGCUGCCACGGCCGAGCACAAAGGACGCCGGCUCCGCCGUUUCAAAACCCCCGGCCGCGGUGGCGUCCGAGCUGACCGACUUGGGGAUGUCACCGGUGGCAGAGGACAACGCCGCCAAGGGAGACAACGUUUUGCGUGCGGAAGCUGGUGCCCGCGCCGGGCCCGGUGCGAGCCUCGGGGACGUCCGGGCGGCCGCCCCCCCGCGUGCCGAUGUGGUGCGGGUCCAGGUUCACUCGCACUCGCACGUCGGUGACGCGCGCGAGGGGACCGGGUCCCACACGGAAAUGAAACCCACCGCGAGAGCCGGCGUUGACGAGAACGGAGCGCUCUCCAGACACGUCCACGGCACGAGAUUCCUCGCGGGCGCCGGGCCCGGCGUGCUCCUCGCCGAGCUCGGCCUGCGCGAGAUCAACCUGUCGGAGGCGGCCGACGAGGCCUCCUCGCCCAGCCUGCCAGACGGUGGGGGGGGGGCGCUCUCGGACGACGGGUCCCUCCAGGAGACGGUUAGCGUGGGGCUGAUGUCGGAGGCGCACCAGCCAGGAGACGAGCCGUGGGGCUGCGGGGGCACGCUGGGUGACCUGUCGACCCCCAGCUCCAUGGGCCUGUGGGAGAAGCUCGACUCGAAAACCAGCAGCCCCACCAGCACCCCCGAGGAGCUGAAGGACACGGGCAGCCUGGCCGGAGGCGCCCCCCCCGCGUCCGGCUCGACGCUGGGAACGAAUCCAGAAUUUGGUCUCAAACUCAAAAUGCUGUUGGAGUCCAGACGUGCGCCCAUGUACGAGCCCCGGGACAAAACCGAACGGACGCUGGCAGAGAGGCUCAAGCGAGACACCGGGAAUAAUAACAACGUCGUUGAAGGUGACGACUACGACGACGAUCAAGAAGAUGACGAAGAGGGCGAUGAUUUUGAUGGCGAUUACUACGUCAAUAAUGUCGAGAAGCAUCGCACGCGGCUCCUCUGCGGCAUCGAGAACCCCGCGUUCCGGGACUACGCGGCGGAGCCCGAGUCGAGGGCGGUGCGCGUGGCCGAGCCGCGUGCACGGGGAGGCGACCCGCAGCCCGACCGCAGCGGCGGCGGUGACCGAGCCCCGGAGCGGCCGCGAGAGCCGCCCGUGGCGGCCGAGCCGGCGGCCACGGAGCUUGGACACGGGUGGACGCCGGAUGACUUCGAGGACGACGACUGCGACGACGACGGCGGCGACAGCGGCAGCGGCGACGGCAGCGACGCGGACGGCGACGACUUUGAGGUGUCCGCGCUGACGGCGAGACGCGCCGGGGCGGCGCCGUCGUGCGACACCCCUUCCCACUCGCACUUCCCAUCCGGCAAGCCGCUCUCCCCCAUCCUGGAGCUGGACGCCGACGACCCCGUCGCCACCAUCCCUGCCGCCGCCGCCUUCGAGGUCGCGCGGGACCCCGGCGGACGCGACCUCGCCGACCCCGGGCCGGCCCCGCCGCCCGCUCCGCCGCGCUCCCUGGCGGGGCUGCGCGAGGGCGCGGCCGCCCCGUUGUGGCCCGCUCCGGGUGAGGGGUGGGCGGCGGGGGGGGAGGGGGGCGCGUCUCCGCGCGGGGAGCAGGAGGAGCAGCAGCAGCAGCAGGAGGAGGCGCUGACGCGGAUGAGCGAGGUGCUGCCGCGGGGCCGCGUGCGCCCCGUGCAGGGCGACGCGCUCUCGCGCUGGAGCGAGGUGCUGCUCUCCCCGCUGCGCCGCGAGGCCCGACGCGUGCGUCACCGCCGUGGCGGCCUUCUCGCCCGACGGCCACCGCGGGGGGCAGCCCACCCCGGGGGGCCCCGCGGGCUCGUGCACGGCGACAGCUGCCGCUCGGAGUGCCCCGAGGCCAAAGCACCAGAGGUGAAGAGUCGCUUUGUGCCGCACAGGGACAGCCGCCGCUAG